AUGGGAAACUACUUCAGUUCGAUGUUUGACCGGCUGUGGGGGGCGAACCGGGAGUUGCGGAUCCUGAUCCUCGGGCUGGACGGUGCUGGGAAGACGACGAUCCUGUACCGUUUGCAGAUCGGCGAAGUCGUGACGACGAAGCCGACGAUUGGGUUCAACGUCGAGACGCUCAACUACAAGAACCUCAAGUUGAACGUGUGGGAUCUUGGCGGGCAGACGUCCAUCAGGCCGUACUGGCGUUGCUACUACGCGGACACCGCGGCGGUCAUCUUCGUCGUGGACUCGACGGAUAGGGACAGAAUGGCCACGGCGGCGAAGGAAUUGCACCUCAUGCUACAAGAGGAGGAACUCCAAGACGCCGCACUGCUCGUGUUUGCCAACAAGCAGGACCAGCCGGGGGCGCUCAGUGCAUCGGACGUCUCGAAGGAACUGAACCUUGUAGAGCUCAAGGAUAGGAGUUGGUCCAUCGUUGCGUCGAGCGCCAUCAGGGGUGAAGGUAUCACAGAGGGACUCGACUGGCUCAUCGAUGUCAUCAAGGAGGAGCAGAUGUAG